AUGAAUGAAUCUAUCUAUCUAUCUAUCUAUCUAUCUAUCUAUCUAUCUAUCUAUCUAUCUAUCUAUCAUAUGUAUCUGUCUAUCUAUCUAUCUAUCUAUCUAUCUAUCUAUCUAUCUAUCUAUCUAUCUAUCUAUCUAUCAGUAUUAGCGUUAAUACAUAAAGUAUCUAUCUAUCUAUCUAUCUAUCUAUCAUAUCUAUCUAUCUAUCUAUUCUAUCUAUCUAUCUAUCUAUCUAUCUAUCUAUCUAUCUAUCUAUCAUAUCUAUCUAUCUAUCUAUCUAUCUAUCUAUCUAUCUAUCUAUCUAUCUAUCUAUCUAUCAUAUGUAUCUAUCUAUCUAUCUAUCUAUCUAUCUAUCUAUCUAUCUAUCUGUCAGUAUUAGCGUUAAUACAUAAAGUAUCUAUCUAUCUAUCUAUCUAUCUAUCUAUCUAUCAUAUCUAUCUAUCUAUCUAUCUAUCUAUGAAUAUUAGUAUAUCUAUCUAUCUAUCUAUCUAUCUAUCUAUCUAUCUAUAUAUAUAUUUGAAUUUGGGCAGCAUUCCUCUCUUUAAUAAGACCUUCAUUCCUUCCUUCUUUGCAUUCUUUGUUCCUUUCUUCGAUCUGUUCCUUUCUUCCUUCUUUUCUUCCUUCAUUUCUUCCUUCUUUCUUUCCUUCUUUCUUUGCAGCCUUCAUUCCAUCCUGGCUUGCAUUCUCUUUUUCUUUAUUCGAUCUUUUCCUUUCUUCCUUCAUUUCUUCCUUCCUUCAUUCUUUCUUUCUUUCUUUGCAGUUUUCAUUCCUUUCUUCUUUGAAUUCUUCAUUUCUUCCUUCUUUCCUUCUUUCUUUCUUUGCAGCCUUCAUUCCUUCCUUCCUUCUUUCUUUCCUUGCAGCUUUCAUUUCUUCCUUCCUUGCAUUCUUUGUUUUUAUUAUUCGACCUUUUUCUUUCUUCCUUCUUUUCUUCCUUCCUUCCUUCUUUCUUUCUUUGCAGCCUUCAUUCCAUCCUUCUUUGCAUUCUUUGUUCCUUUCUUCGAUCUGUUCCGUUCUUCCUUCUUUUCUUCCUUCAUUUCUUCCUUCUUUCCUUCUUUCUUUCUUUGCAGCCUUCAUUCCUUCCUUCUUAUUUUCUUUCCUUCUUUGCAGCCUUCAUUCCUUCCUUCUUUGCAUUCUUCAUUUCUUCUUUCCUUCCUUCUUUCCUUCUUUGCAGCCUUCAUUCCUUCCUUCUUUGCAUUCUUCAUUUCUUCCUUCUUCCCUUCUUUCUUUCUUUGCAGCCUUCAUUCCUUCCUUCUUAUUUUCUUUCCUUCUUUGCAGCCUUCAUUCCUUCCUUCUUUGCAUUCUUCAUUUCUUCCUUCCUUCCUUCCUUCUUUCUUUCUUUGCAGCCUCCAUUCCUUCCUUCUUUGCAUUCUUCAUUUCUUCCUUCCUUCCUUCCUUCCUUCUUUCUUUGCAGCCUCCAUUCCUUCCUUCUUUGCAUUCUUCCUUCCUUCCUUCCUUCUUUCCUUCCUUCCUUCCUUCCUUCUUUGCAGCCUUCAUUCCUUCCUUCCUUCUUUCUUUCCUUGCAGCUUUCAUUUCUUCCUUCAUUGCAUUCUUUGUUUUUAUUCUUCGACCUUUUUCUUUCUUCCUUCUUUUCUUCCUUCCUUCCUUCCUUCUUUCUUUCUUUGCAGCCUUCAUUCCAUCCUUCUUUGCAUUCUUUGUUCCUUUCUUCGAUCUGUUCCUUUCUUCCUUCUUUUCUUCCUUCAUUUCUUCCUUGUUUCCUUCUUUCUUUCUUUGCAGCCUUCAUUCCUUCCUUCUUAUUUUCUUUCCUUCUUUGCAGCCUUCAUUCCUUCCUUCUUUGCAUUCUUCAUUUCUUCUUUCCUUCCUUCUUUCCUUCUUUGCAGCCUUCAUUCCUUCCUUCUUUGCAUUCUUCAUUUCUUCCUUCUUCCCUUCUUUCUUCCUUUGCAGCCUUCAUUCCUUACUUCUUAUUUUGUUCCUUCCUUCCUUCCUUCCUUCCUUCCUUCCUUCCUUCCUUCCUUACUUUAUUCUUUUGUUAUAGACAUUACCUGUAAACACAAAUGGACAUACCUUUUUCCUUCUUUCUUUCUUUCUUUUUGCUUUCUUUCUUUUUACUUUUUUCUUUCUUUCUGCUUUCUUUCCUUUUUUCUCUCUUGCUUUUUUUAUUCAUUCUCUCUUUCCUCGUUGCUUUCUCUUCCUGACUUCUUUCUUUCCGUCGUUCUUUUUUCUUUCUUUCUUUCUUUCUUUCUUUUCGCUUUCUUUCUUUCUUUUUUGCUUUUUUCUUUCUUUCUGCUUUCUUUCCUUUUUUAUCUUCUGCUUUCUUUCUUUCUUUCUUUCUUUCUUUCUUUCUUUCUUCAUUCUCUCUUUCCUCGUUGCUUUCUCUUCCUGACUUCUUUCUUUCCGUCGUUCUUUUUUCUUUCUUUCUUUCUUUCUUUCUUUCUUUCUUUUCGCUUUCUUUCUUUCUUUUUUGCUUUUUUUUUCUUUCUUUUCUUUCCUUUUUUUCUUUCUUUCUUUCUUUCUUUCCUUUUUCAUUCUCUCUUUCCUCGUUGCUUUCUCUUCCUUUCUUUCUUUCCGUCGUUCUUUUCUUUCUUUCUUUUUCUUUCUUUUCUUUUCUUUCUUUUCUUUUUUUUGCUUUUUCUUUCUUUUUCUGCUUUCUUUCCUUUUUUUAUCUUCUGCUUUCUUUCUUUUUCUUUUUUCUUCUUUCUUCAUUUUCUUUCCUCGUUUGCUUUCUCUUCUUCUUUCUUUCCGUCGUUUUUUUUCUUUUCUUUCUUUCUUUCUUUCUUUCUUUUGCUUUCUUUUCUUUCUUUUUUUUUUUUGCUUUCUUUCUGCUUUCUUUCCUUUUUUUAUCUUCUGCUUUCUUUCUUUCUUUCUUUUUUCUUUCAUUUUCUUUCCUUUCUUUCUUUCUUUUUCUUUUUUUCGUUCUUUUUUCUUUCUUUCUUUCUUUCUUUCUUUCGCUUUCUUUCUUUCUUUUUUCUUUCUUUCCUUUCUUUCCUUUUUUUAUCUUCUGCUUUUUUUCUUUCUUUCUUUUUCUUUUUUCUCUUUUUCUUCGUUUAUUUCUAUUCUUGCCUUCUUUAUUUUUCUUUCUUUCUUUUGUUUUUUUUUUUUUUUUUUUAUUUUCUCUUUCUUUCUGUCUUUUUCUUUUUUCUUUUUUUUUCUUUUCGUUUUCUUUCUUUUUCUUUCUUUUCUUUUUUCUCUCCUGUUUUCUUUCUUUCUUUAUUCCUUCAUUCUUUCUUUCCGCGUUGCUUUCUCUAUUUUCAUUUUCUUUCUUUACAACUUUCUGCAUUUUUUUCUUUUUUCUUUCAUUUCUUUCUCCUUACUUUCUUUCGUUCUACUUUCUUUUUGGCUUUCUUUCUUUCUUUUUGCUUUCUUUCUUUUUUCUUUUUUCUUUCUUUCUGUUUCUUUCCUUUUUUAUCUCUUGCUUUCUUUCUUUCUUUCUUUCAUUAUUUCUUUCUUUCUUUCUUUCGUUUUUCUUUCUGCUUACUUUAUUUCGUUCUACUUUCUUUCUUUCUUUUUUCUGUCUUUCUUUCCUUUUGCUUUCUUUCUUUCUUUUUGCUGUUUUCUUUCUUUCUGCUUUCUUUCUUUCUCUUUUCAUUCAUUCUUUCUUUCCUCGUUGCUUUCUCUAUUUCUGUCUUCUUUCUUUCUCUUUUUCUUUCUUCGUUUUUUCAUUCUUUCUUUGUUUUUUGCUUCUUUCUUUCUUUCCCUCCCUCUCUGCUGCUGCAUUUUCUUCUUUCUUUCUUUUUUUAA